AUGAAGUGCUGGCAGCUUCUCUCCCUUGCCGCUGCUGUAGCUGGCAGCCCCGUGCCGUCCAUCCAGGACUAUACUCGGAUGCUCAAGGCUCGACAGAGCGACACCAGCUUCACUGCUAACCAGCAAGAACUCAACACCUUCGAAUUCUUCAGCCAGUAUGCUGGAGCUGCUUAUUGCAACUCCGCAACCCCCCCUGGCCAGGCUGUCACAUGCGCCGACAACGCCUGUCCCGAUGUCGCGGGAACUGUUGUUAACUCCUUCGAAGGCUCCUUGACUGGCAUUGGCGGCUUUGUUGCCGUAGACAGCGCACACCAACAAGUCGUCCUGUCGUUCCGUGGGACUAACAACCUUCGCAACUUCAUCACUGAUGUUGUUUUCGCCUUCACCGACUGCUCCCUCACCAGUGGCUGUGAAGUUCACGAUGGCUUCAACGCUGCCUGGGAGGAAGUUUCCAGCGCCGCCACAGCCGCUCUCACUCAGGCCCAUGCCGCCAAUCCUUCUUUCGAAAUCGUUUCCACCGGACAUUCUCUAGGUGGUGCCGUUGCCACUCUUGCCGCCUCGAUCCUCCGUACCCAGGGCUUCCCAAUUGACAUUGUCACGUUUGGAUCUCCUCGCGUGGGCAACGACGUCUAUGCCAACUUUGUGACCAGCCAGCCUGGCAACGAGCUCCGCGUUACACACGUCGACGACCCCGUGCCUCGCCUUCCCCCCAUCAUCUUCGAGUACCGCCACGUCUCUCCCGAGUUCUGGCUCUCUACUGGCGACGGCUCAACCAUUGACUAUACUGUGGCUGAUAUUGAAGUUUGCACCGGCAUCGCCAACACGGAUUGCAACGCUGGCACCGGUGGAUUCGACCUGACUGCUCAUUCCAACUACCUCCGGAAAGUCUCGGCCUGUGCUCCCUCACCCCUGCAGUUCAAGCGUGACGAUAACUCGACCGCUGGCUAUGACCAGGAGACUAUUGACAGGAUCAACCAAUGGAGCCAAGAGGAUCAGGCCUACGUUGCUUCUGGACAGGCAUAA